AUGAAGAUCGGUGAUCCUAUAUACAGGGGUGCGGAAGUGCGCCUGCCAGUCGAGGUGAUCGAGAUGAUCAUGGUUCAUGUUGCAUCCAGCAACCACUUGGAUUCUCAGAAGUCGUUGUGGGCUUGCUGCCUUGUAUCUAAGUCCUGGUAUGCAGCUUCUAUCUCACAUCUCUACUACCGUCCACACCUUUCUCCUCGAAAUUUUGACCUCUUCGCUCGAAUGAUAUGUCCGCCUCUCAAAGCGCGCAGAGCCCGAAUCGGCAUCGAGGGUAUGAUCAAGCAUUUGGACUUGCGGGACAUUGCCUACGAGAGCUCCAACAGUCUCACAUCUCGAUUGAUCAAUCGAACAAAGUCCUCUCUGCAGAGUUUUCACCCUCCGGCCGUUACCUUCUCAGUGGCCUCGUUGGCUCCACUAUCCAAGUGUGUGAACUUGGCUCUGCUGGAUAUGUCGGGUGACCGAUACUCCUUUACCUUGAAAGAACUUCUCGGUUCAAUUGGCGCCCUCGAGCACUUGAAGUCUCUAGCGCUCCCAAAGGACAUGCUGUGUGAAAAGGGUCAGGCUCUGACAGGUGAUCUGCAAUGGCCGGAGAACUUGACGCUCCUUCAUGCUCCGGGCGCCAUUUGCAGCUGGCCGCGAAGUUGGGACACGCUAUUUAGAACCUGGCCUGCCAGUCUGACAACCCUGCGGUUCCCGGAUUGUGAUAACGCGCAUGACAGUCCAUUUAGCAGACUAGAGAUCUGUCAAAAGACGGCAAACUUUGUCCAGCACCUCGAAAUCCACUCCCCGCCGCGCCAUACACCCAGGCCCAUGGCUGGCACGCUGUAUGACAUUCUUCGUGUCUUUCCGCGCCUGAGGACGGUAACUAUACCUGAUGACAUGGCAGCAAAUACGGUGUUGGGAUCUUACGGCCGAGCAGCCGCAGCGGCAGCUCCCAGGCAUUUAUCCUUGGAGGCUCUGACCAUCAACGUGACGGUACAGCCCUCGUGGACUUUUCAAAGCAGUGAUCAGUUACAGGUUGAGCUUCACCUCUCUGGGCUCGACAUGCUUCUCAAGCCGCCAUGGCUUCGCAGGCUGGAGAUCCGCGGGUCGUUCCUCGAUCUGAACUCGGAGGAGAAGCAGACGAGACUCAAAGAGCUGUCCGAGCGACUCCGCCAGCGUGCAAAGCCCGAUCAGCGAGAGUCCUCGGGCAUCUUUCUGAUGAAGGGCUCUUGA